AUGGCGACCCCAUGGCCCAAGGAUCAGACCUGGCCAUCGCCCUAUCGAGAGCACGCCACGGAACUCAGCAGAUACCUACAGACAGCACUGAAAUCUAUCGAUAACGCAAAUGGACAUCCAAUCGAGCCGAAGGGCAUCAGAUCCGCAUUCAUCGGAACCCUUACCCUCCUUGCCAAACUACAGCACAUCCCUGAUAUCAGCCACGUUCACGAAGCAGUUGAAAAUUUGCGAGUGGAGACCAAGGCAGCGAAUGAGAACGCUACCCGUACCACAAGCAGCCUGAGAAUCGCCAUUCAGCAAAACACAGCCGAAAUCACACAGAAUACAAACACCUCGAAGGAUACUAACGCUACCGCUAAGGAGGCGCUGAAAGUUGGCGAACUGACAGCCAAAAUGGUGAGGGACAUCAAAGCACUGGGACCAAUGAAUCAGGGAAGCGCCGCGCAGUCUUAUGCUAGCGUAGCUGCCAGAGGAGGACUCGUAGGAAGCAUACAUAACCCGCAGAACCAAAGACCGAACCAUGUCCAGACCCUCCGCGAAAUCAUUGUAAACAUUAGAGACCCUGUUACAAUCGCCAGCAUAAGAGCUAUGAACCCCCGCUCCCUUAAGGCGCACGUAGACCGCGCUAUCGAACAGAGCAACAAUGAACAUAUCCGUAAACUGAAAACAGUAUCCGCAAACCAGUUGAAGAGCGGAGACCUCAGUAUCAAAACAGCCACAGCCACAGAAAGGGAAGCCCUACGCCAGUUCGCCGAGGACUGGGAACACCGUAUUGGCACAGGGGCCGCGGUACGGAUACCGACAUACGGGAUCCUCGCCCACGGCAUACGCACAAGCACAAUGGACAUGGAGCGCUUCACGGAACUACGAGAGGAACUAUUACAGGACAACAAGGCGUUUAUCCCUACAGCAGAGAUUAAAUACAUUGGAUGGCUGACGAGAUCCGCCAACACCAAGUCAGCAUCAUCCGUCAUAGUUGAAUUCUCAAAAGCGGAAGACGCCAAUAGACUUAUCGACGAAGGACUUAUCUGGCAAGGAGAGGUGUUCCAAUGCGAACGAUACGACAGACAGUGCCGUCUGAGGCAAUGCUUCAGAUGCCACUCAUACGGCCACAUAGGAACCCAGUGCAAGGCAACGACAACAUGCGGCUACUGCGCGCAAGAACAUGCGACCCGAGAGUGCCCUACGAAGAGCGACGCAGACACACCCCGGAAGUGUGCAGCAUGCCAUGGAGAACACGAGGCCUGGCACGGCCGCUGCCCGACUAGGAUGCGCGAGUUAGCCAAGAUCAAGGAGGCCUAUAGACAACGACCACGGUACCACCCAGAGGCGAAGACAUCCCCAACCGCUAAGGAGACGGAACCCCAAACUGGAAUAACAACAAGGCCGGUACUGGAACCAGGCCCAACUCAGGAUACCCGCCCGGGGCGUAGCAGAUCACCCAUUAAGAAGAAAGUACAGAAACGCCAAAAGUCAACAGGCGGCGAUACACAGCAUGAAAACAACAAAAACGACGAAAACACAAUCACAGUCGCCCCAGAGAAGCCCAGACCAAGGAGGUAUAACGUCAGAAAAUCAAGAGACACCGUUAUGGCUACGCUCCUCCGCGACCCUCGGAUCGAUAAAUACGACAUCAUCGCUAUCCAGGAACCAUGGAAGAACCCAUUUAACGCCACAACACACCACCCAGCAAAGGACCGCUUCCACCUCUGCUAUCCGUCGAACAGAGAGGGAGGCCCAGCCAGGGUCUGCUUCUUCGUAAACAAAAAGCUGGACCACUCUAAGUGGCAGUUUAAGGAACACAGCAAGGAUCUCUGUACCCUCACCAUUGGAUCAGAGACUGACCAGGGCGUCAAAAUUGCCAUACACAACAUAUAUAAUCCCCAAAAUCAGGAAGAGGGAGAGAAAACGGUCCUACAACAACUACGAACAGCCCUAGAAACCAACAAUCACAUCGAGCAAAUAGUGGUGGGGGACUUUAACCUCCACCACGAACUAUGGGGAGGAAGCGACAUUCGAACGACAGACGCGGGAGCCAGGGAACUGGUAGAACUCAUGGACGACUCCGACCUCAUCAACCAGCUACCCGCGGGAACAAUCACAUACAAGGAAGGAGACUAUAGCUCAACGAUAGACCUGUGUCUACUUACAGUAGGACUCAUCGAAAGGCUUAUUAAGUGCGGCAUAGAAGACGAAGUAAACCACGAUUCAGAUCACCUUCCGAUAGCAACGUCGCUAGACCUCACAAUCGCGCAACUACAACCAGAGGAAAGGAGAAACUGGAAAGCCCUAGACGAAAGGGUAUUCAUAAGGGCUAUUAAAAGGGAGCUCCCACCACUAAGGAGGCCAAGAACAAAGUCUGCCCUCGAUAAAUAUGUCCAGGACAUCACUGAAGCCCUCAGUAUAGCGACUGAAGAAGCGGUACCAAAGAAGAUCUUGUCCCCCAAAUCGCGAGCCGGCUGGAGCGAAGAGUGCGAGGAGGUCCUGGCCGAGACCAAACGACUCCGAAGACGGUUCUAUGCGGAACACACAGAACAGAACUGGGAAGAAUAUAUCAUAGCCCGAAACAAGAAAGGCCGGACGAUAAGAAAGGCGCUACAAAAGGCACAUCGCGAGGCGGUUGAAACAGCAGCAGAAUCACCAGAAUCACUCUGGAGGAUUGCUAAAUGGGCCAGAACCAGACAGAACCAAAUGCCGACAGUCACGCCAGAAAUCGCCAAGCCAGGUAGUAAUCAUACGGCAACCACACCUGAAGAGAAAGCAGAGCUCUUUCGGGAAACAUUCUUCCCAGCACCACCAGAAGCAAACCUAGAGGACAUACAAAACGCAACAUAUAGAGACCAGAUCACGCUCCCACCAAUAUCCGAGAACGAGGUAGAGGAAGCAAUAAAGAAAACAGCACCGCGUAAGGCACCCGGCCCAGACGGCAUCACGAACAGAGCGCUACAAAUCGCCAAACCAUGGAUCAGCCCUCACCUAGCCAGGGCAUUUAACCAGAGCCUCCGCAUCGGUUACUGCCCCCAGCACUUCAGGAAAUCUACUACCAUAGUGCUACGGAAGCCAGGUAAAGAUAACUAUACAGUUCCGAAAGCAUAUAGGCCAAUAGCGCUGCUCAACACAGUCGGAAAGAUUAUGGAUGCAAUCAUAGCGGAAAGGCUAAGCUACCUAGCAGAGACAUACAACCUGUUGCCUAAGAACCAUAUGGGCGGGAGGAGACAGAGAUCGACGGAACAUGCCCUACACCUCAUUAUCGAUAAGAUAUAUGAGGCUUGGAACACUAGACAAGGGAUGGCGGCGAGCCUCCUUCUCCUAGAUGUCUCGGGGGCGUUCGACAACGUGUCACACCAGAGACUCCUACACAACCUCAGGAAGAGACGGAUUAACGAAUCCAUAGUACGAUGGAUUACUAGCUUCUUAGGAAACAGACAAACCCAAAUACACAUCGACGGAUACCGGUCAGAGCCUUACACGCUCACCACCGGCAUCCCACAGGGCUCUCCUCUUUCACCGAUCCUAUACCUAUUCUAUAAUGCAGAUAUCCUCGACAGAUGUAACCAAGGCCAGGAAACACUGGCCACUGGGUUUAUAGACGACGUAGCGAUCCUAGCAUGGGCAGAAACGACUGAAGAAACAUGCCGCAAGCUCCAAGAUGCACUAGACGAAGCGGAGGACUGGGCAACAACCCACGCCUCCGUUUUCGCGCCCGAAAAGUUCCAACUAGUCCACUUCACAAGGGCAAGGUCGAGAAUCAAUACCAAUACUCCACUACAGAGCAAAUGGGGGGAAAUACACCCCAAACCGACAUGCAAAUACCUUGGCCUCACGAUGGAUGCCAUACUUAGAUGGAAACAACACAUCGAUGCGAUAGAGCGUAAAGUCUCAAAAACCAUCUCCGCGAUCAGCAGCCUCGGGAGCUCCACCUGGGGAGUGAAGACCAAAGAAAUGCGAACAAUAUACCAAGGAGUAGCAAUACCACAGAUGAUGUAUGCCUGCUCAGCAUGGUCUAACUCCGGCUGGAGGGGAAAGGGAUACACAGACCGAACUCUCAAUAGACUGAAACGAUUACAAGCAAGGGCGGCAAGGGCAAUGUGCGGAGCCUUCAGGGCUACGUCCGCUCCAGCACUCGACGUCGAAAUGAACCUGCUACCGAUGGAGCAACGAAUAUGGAAACACAACAUCGACACGAUCAACAGGCUAGGCCCACCAGAGCAAGGCUGCGAAAGCACCCAGAAUAGGAGGAAGAGAAGAAGAAAGAAGAAGCAAAGGUUAAGCCCAAGACACACAAUCGAACAAGAGCUUCACAACAAACAGGGCAGUAACACCAGACCGAGCGAGCAGAUCCCACCCUUCAUCACCCCUCCAUGGUGGCAAGGGCCGCGCAUAUAUAUCGCAGACACUGCGGAAACGGCAGCAAAGGAACACCAGACAAGUCUCGAUAUAGAAAAUGAAGCGUUACAUAUCUAUACAGACGGAAGCGGCAUCAACGGCCACAUAGGAGCAGCGGCGGUAUGCCACACUACACGACAAACCCGUAGCUCAUAUAUGGGAGAUGACGCCACCUCAACAGUCUAUGCAGGGGAGCUGCGAGGCAUUAUCCUCGCCCUCGAGAUUGCGGAAGAGGAUAAACGGAAAGGGAACAACAGAAGUAAAAUCCUCAUCUACACCGACAACCAAGCAGCCAUCAGAUCGUCAGCCAAGCCGAAGGGCAAAUCAGGCUCCUACUUGCUCAAGACCAUUGCAGACAAGACACAGAAACUCCAGGAACAUGGACUUAAGACAGAGAUCCGAUGGGUACCCGCUCACACGGGAAUCCAGGGCAAUGAAGACGCUGACAUAGCAGCCAAAGAAGCCACAGGCUGGCGGCAGAACGGCCAGACGGGCACUAAGGCAGACACACCAAAGGAGCUAUACGCACUCCGGUCAACGCUUAAGACAUGGACGCAUAGGGAGGCAAAUAAAACGUGGCAAGCCGAGUGGUCGAGAGAGACACGAGGUAGAACCACCCAUCGUCACACGCCGAAACCAACAAAGAAAGUGUUACAGCUCCAUAGUGGGCUAAGCAAACGACAGAGCUCAAUCCUCGUGCAGAUGCGCACGGAAAAGAUCGGACUCAGGGACUUCCUCUUCAACCGAAGAGUUCCGGACGCCACGGACGCCAACUGCCAAUGCCGGGAAGGACGACAAACGGUAUCGCACGUCCUGUUGCGGUGCCGUAGGUUUCGACAACUCCGACGCCAGGAACUAGGAGCCAUCCCAGGACGACAUAACCUCCGGGUCGUAUUGAACGAACGCAAAGCAGCCGCGAAAGCCAUCAGAUUCAUGGAACAAACCGAGAUCCUUGGGCAAUUCAGGAUCGAGUCACAACCCAGACAAAGCUGA